UCCCUCUUUCCCUUUCUUUUCUGUAAGAGAGGAGACCCCAAACAACAACUACUAUAUAUACUCUUCUUGGGUCUGGGGAUUUGCCAUUUACAAACAUAAUUAACAUCGCGCAUUGCUUAUAUACACAUGAUGAUCUUCGUUUCUCUGCAUUAUACUCAAAGAGUUAAAAGGAAUGAAGCAUAGAAGUUGGUGGCAGAAAUAAUCACGGCCUGACAUUCCUUGUGGCCGCAGCUAACACUACUCCGAGAGCCGUUGCACAAUCUCGGAACCCAAGAAAGCUUCUUUCUACUUUAUUCCUAAUAUCCUGCACCGUACCCAUUAGCCGGGGCGGGGAAAUGUCUGCGAGGAUAGUAUCUUCUCUUACGGACGAGCGGGCGGACAUGCGCAAGCAGGUUGGGUGCAUGACGGGAAUAUUUCAGCUGUUAGACCGCCACCACUUCCUCAUCGGCCGGCGAAUUGGCGCCCACAGUAACAAAAAGCUGCUCACUAAAGGUGGCCACCACAAUAUGGAGCCCAGAAGUGUGACAAAAACAAAUAAGGAGAAGAGUGUGCAAGAGGGGUUGAAAGGGAAACAAAUGGUAUCUGACCAAUCAUCCAAGAUAUAUCCAUCAUCUCCAACUUCAUCAAACCUCUCAUCAUCACUUGGCAGAUACAGAACUCCUCAACUGGAAUCCCCAUCUUGCAGCCAAACUGAUUUUCCUAAAACACCCAAAAAGCAGCAUAGUUCUUCACUGCACUUGGGCAGGCAAUCACCUGAUAUCCAAGAUGUAGUGAAGGAAUCAAUGCACCGCGAGGCGCGAAGUGUAUCAAUCAAAGCUGUGGCCAAAGUAGAAGGAAAAAUCCACCUACUGAAGCACAUUGAUUCCCCAAGGCCUUUGAAGCAGCCCGAGCUGGAUGAUAAAGAUAACGUUCUGCAACGUGCAGCGAGGAACCCUCCUCGCUUCUCCUGUGACGGGAUGGAAUCGCGAGAGAGGCUGAAGGCAACCAUGAAGCUAGGAGACACCCCAAGGCUAUCAUUAGACAGUGGCUUAAGGUCCAUUAAGAGCUCUGCAGACCAAGAAUCAGGCUGUUAUAAGCGAUCUUCCAGCGUGGUGGCAAAGCUGAUGGGCUUGGAAGGCUUUCCAGAUUCUGUUUCCAUUAUACAUCACAGUUUCUUCCCAGAUGAAUACUCCAUUUCAAUGUCUUCAACACAAACUCAACACCCCAAUCUGCAAUUCAGACCUGCAACUUCAACCUCAAAUUCAAGGCUUCCCCUGGAACUUGCUCCAUGGUGCCAACCAGACUCCAAUCAGAUCAAAAUGAGGAAAAGUAAGGUACCCUCCACUGUUUUUGGUGAAAUUGAGAAAAGGGUAACUGAACUUGAGUUCAAAAAAUCUGGUAAGGAUCUCAGAGCACUCAAGCAAAUACUCGAAGCGAUGCACAGGACAAGUCCAAGACUAGAGUGCCAAAAACAAGAGCACAACCACCCAUGUUCUACCAAAUGGGAGACUUACCUUACCAAGAAGUUUAAUUCUUCUAUUCCAAUACCAAAACAGGACAGCCAUAAUGGUAACACCAAAGUUGCAGGCUCCAUUGAUAAAGGGCGAGCGAAAUUGGCACCUAAGAGAAACAACGUCGUCAAGGAGCCUAGUCGGGGUGCAGAGAAGAAGAACAAUGGAAGAACAUCAAAAUCAGUUCAAGAUCACAAUCAUAUCCAAGUGAGAAGCCCUGGAGCUGUAAGUCCAAGAUUACAAGACAAAAAGCAGCAAGGAAAAGACAAGCAACCUAACAUCCCACCGUCUGACUCGAGCAGGCUCAGAAGGCAUCAAAAUAAGCAGCAGCCCAAACCAGGUCCACCACAGAGAAGACAUAAACCGAAACCUAACAAUCUGCAGUACGAUGAUGACCAAACGAGUGAGACGAGCAGUGACACACGAAACCCCAGUGAGAAAGGCAACAACACGGCUUCAGUGCAAUCAGAACGAAACGAUUGCUUGGUCUCAGUGGGUAAUGACACAACCAUGACUGAACAGCCAAGCCCUGUCUCCGUGCUCGAUGCUGCUUUCUACAUAGAGGAUUCACCAUCUCCUGUCAAAAAGAUAUCAUCAGCUUUUAGAGAUUAUGAGCCUGCAGAUGCUAAUGAAACAGAAUGGCAUUUAGACUGCACCAGAAUUCUCGGCUCCGAAUACAAUCUGGUUCAUAAGCUCAGCAUACUGAACACUGAUCCUGAUCCUGAUCAUGAACAUUCCAUUAACCAAAUUGCAUCAUUGUGCCCGAGUGAAAACUUCGACCAUCACUACAUCAACAAGGUUAUACUGGCAUCAGGCAUCCUCAAAGAUUUAGGUUGUGUCUCAACAACCGAGCUCCACCCAUCAGGCAAUCUGAUCAACCCAGAGUUAUUCCAUGUUCUGGAGCAAACUGAAAGACCCACAGACAAGAAUCCUCUGCAGUUUGAUCAGAAAAUCCACAGAAAACUUAUAUUUGACACAGUGAAUGAAAUUCUUUCCCACAAAAAGCUACAUCUGAAAGGGUCUAAGAGGAGAUGUUUGAGUGGACAGCAGCUUUUGAAGGAAUUAUACGCCGAGAUAGAGUAUCUCCAGCCUAAACCAAACAGCAGGCUGGGCAUUGAGGAUGAUGAAAUAGUUAGCAUCUUAACUGCAGAUAUGAAACAUGAAUGGGGAGGAGAUGAUAGUGAGAUUCCAGCAUUAGCACUGAGCAUUGAGCGCCUAAUCUUCAAGGACUUGAUUACUGAGGUGAUUAGAGGUGAUGGUGAAGAGAGAUCCAGGGGGCAUUGUAGGCAACUAUUCACACACUAGCUAGUGGCUUCAAUCUUCUGGGGUUUAUCUAAGUCAUCACUCAUACUUUCUAAUGCAUGUAUGGAAUUAUAAAGAUAGAGACGCAUUUUUAGUUAUACAUUUACCAUUUCCAUAUGUUGUAAUCACAUAUUUGAUUCCCAAGCAAAAGAAAUUCAAUCAAAAUAUAGUUCUUUUUA